AUGGAUCGUUUCAGCUGGACUUCAUCUUCAAAUCUGUGUAUUUUGCAGGGUGAAUCUGGCAUUCACCAACAGUCUGGCGUUCGAAUAUACGAUGGAGACAAAAAGGUCAGGACUUAUUGCCUUAAUAAUGUAAACAAUUCAUAUUUUACCUCUACAUGUAGGGUCUACGAUAGAACUAAUUACACCGUAACUGUACUCUCACCUCGCCUAACAGCAGCAUUCGCCACGAAACAGAGACACAUUUAUGCAGCUUUCAAGAGCAUUAUGUAUAAUAUUCAAAGUUAAAACAUAUGGAUGACUGUGGAAUAAUGUGCACGCUCAAAACUGGUUUGUCGCAUUGGUGUCUUUACCUACUGGUACAGUACAUACUUGGAUGCAAGUUAAGAUUUAAGCAAUAGAAAACGUUUUCCAUGUUAACAUAGCCUGAUAUAAACGCGAAACGGGCUGGGAGAAUUCGAGACGUCUCGAGAGUGCAUAAAUAUCGAGAACUCUCCCAACCCUUCGAGUGUUUAUAUCAGGCUAAGCAAAAUACAGGAAAGAAGUUUUCUUUUGCCUUUUUAAAUUAAAUUUCCCAAGAAAAAACGCGAAACUCUUUGUUAUGGCGCCUUUUAAGAGAGAGAUUCUUACUAGUCACAAAGUCUUGUACACAAAGUCUUGCAUGCGUAAUCACUUCUUAUUUUGCAAAAAAGAUGUCUUCCAAAAAUUAUACAGAUUUUUGUCCCUUAAAAUGUCAGCUUAAGCAAAAAAUUGACACAGCUUGUUUGUAAAGAGUUUCAGCUGACGAGGGAAUGGGUGAAUAAAACAAAGUUGUCGAUUUUUCCACUCAAAAACUUUUUAAAAUUCGUACUUGCAUGAUUAGCAUGUGAAAAGCAAAACAUCUUGACACCACAACCAUGUUUACAUACUCUCAUAUAAACAGGCCUCUCGACCAAUCAGAGCAUGCGUACUAUCCUAGUUAAUACAUUGUCACUUGUCGAGUAGCAUAAUGGCUGCCACACGUUUUUUCACUCCAGUUUUUAUUUGAAACUUUGUGUGUACUAAUGAUGGCCAAGUGGUUAGAUUCUAACAAAGAGAAGUAAGUCCCAAAGAAUAUCUGGUUAUUUUAAUGGCAAGUCUGUGGCAACAAAUGAUUAUUUUCAUCGUGUUGGAGCCACCAGGCAUUGCUUUGUAUGGGUGAGGAAGAAUAAAACAAUCCACAAUAAUUAUCAAUUAUGCGGCUGUUCCGUGUUUUUCCACUUGUUGCUAUUACUGGGAGGAGAUAUUGAAGUGAACCCUGGUGAAGGCAAAUUUCCUUGUGGUAUAUGCUCAGAGCCUGUCAAGUCAAACCAAUUGGGGAUUCAUGAGAUGUAGUAACGAGAUCUCAGCAAACUCAUCCUUCUCCUAUAUUUGCUCUCUCUGCAAAUUGCCAAACUUUUCAGUCUUAUUCUUUGAAAAUUCACUGGAUUCCUUGUGCUCAUCAAAUAGUUUUGACCCACUAAAUGGUUCCGACACCAAAGUUUCUCCACCACAACCAAAUUGUAAACAAAGUCUGACUAAGGCAUCGUGCCAUUAGAAACAAAACCCAAAACAAUUGAAAUUGACAUGUCUGGUCAUAAAUUGACAGAACUUUAAGAACAAGAUUGCAGGCAUCGUGGCUGUAAUUGAUGAACACAAGCCCGAUGUAAUUUUUGGCAAUGAGUCUUGGUUAAACUCAUCAAUAAUAAAUUGUAAGUUCGGGGAUUUUUCUGUAAGAUUGUACCAUCUUAAGAAAGGACAGGGUUAAUGGACAACAUGGUGGCAGUGUUUUCCAAGCAAUAAAAGGUGAUAUCAUAGCUACGCAUUGUGUUGACCUGGACACAGACCGUGAAAUCAUCCGGAGCCAAUGCCAAAUUACUGGAAGGAACUCUAAGUCACUCUUCACUCUUCACGAUGUGAAAAGUCUUGACAAACUGGACGCCUCUCUGCUCAAAUUAGGAGAUAAAAUUCAUAAGCACAAUGUGAUAGUCUUGGGCAAAUUAAAUGCCCUGAAUUUUUCAUAGGAUAAUCUCAAGGCCUCAGCCAACCUUUCUUUUCCUUCAAAGAAAUCAAUUGAACUGACUCAUGAAUAUAACCUAACGCAGUUCAUAAAAGAACCAACCAGGCAACAAGGCAACCUGAGUAACACCAUGGAUCUUGUUUUAUUUAAUCACCCUGACAUUAUUUGCAAUUUCAAUUGUAUAAUCAGGAAUCAGCAAUCAUGAUAUAUAGUGUUGUUUACACUGAAGCCAUCGUGGCCGAAAAAAUGGUACUGACAAGUGCAAAGUUUACAUCAGAAAGUGAUGAGCAUAUUAAAUUGGAAUUAAAAGCACUUACUGCAAAGCUCAACACUCAGUAUGAUAACAAAUUGGUGGAAGCAAAGUGGAAUGAUUUUGAAAAUAUUGUUUGCAUCAUAAUGGGCUCUUGCAUCCCGCAUAAAAUGACAAGCUCAAGAUACAACUUACCUUAGAUUGUCACCAAAGAGAGCGAUUAAAGCAGGGUGAGACAAAGAAUAUAUAACAAAGCACAAAAACAGGAUCUGCACAUCACUGGAACAUGUUUUGUGCCACCUGGAAGCGCAUGCACAAUAAUCUUAUAUCUGCAAAGGAGUAUAUCAGUGGCCACCGUAGCGAGGCAAUUAAGAAUGUUUUUGGUCCUACUUAAAACGGCUUAAGCAAGAAAAUCCAGGGACAGCAGGCUUUGUAGUUAAAGUUGUAAGUGACGGUAGUCUUCUUAAACAGCCAAUUUUCAAGUGUGUUAUUUACUAAAGAGGACCUUGAAAACAUUCCUGAAAUGGGCUCUGAUCCUUAGCUUGGCUUGGGUCAUUAAUUAUUUCAGAACAUGGCAUCUUGAAACAGCUGUCUUCAUUAAAACGCUAACAAGGCCUGUGGCCCAAACCUAGUUCCACCCUGGUUUCUCAACGAUUAUGCUGCAGAAAUUUAUUUCUACACCAUAAUCGUUGGAGCAAUUAUUGCUCCAAUAACUAACAGACAUCUUUCAAGACUCGAUUGACAGUGGCACUGUCCCUGGCAGGUGGUAAGAAGCUAAUGUGUGUGCAGUUUUAAAAAAGGAAAAGAAAUCUGACCCAGCUGACUAUAAACCUAUAUAUCUCACUUGUGUUGCAUGGAAGAUUCUCCAGCAUAUUGCUCACAGCUUUAUUGUGAAACAUCUAAAAAACUAUAAUAUCUUAACAGACUGUCAGCAUGGUUUUCCACGUGGUCAUUUUGGACUUUGCCAAAGGUCCCUCAUAAGCGACUCCUAAUAAUGAAGCUGCAGCACUAUGGAAUCCAAGGUCUGCUUCUGAAUUGAGGGUAGAGUCUUUUCUUACACAUUGUUUUCAAUCAGUUGCUUGUGAAGGCCAAACGUCACGUCAAUGUCCGGUGACUUCUGGCAUACCCUGGGGUACAGUCCUUGGCCCAUUGCCCUUCUUAUUAUAUAACAACAAACCACCAGACAACGUGCAAUCAUCAGUCACGUUUUUUGCAGACGAUGCCCUACUUUACGGCAUUGUCGUAAGUGAUACAGUUUGUGACCUCUUUUAAUCUGACCUACACUGUAUGCAGGCUUGAAUCUUGGCAGUAUCAUUAGUAAAUUUAAUCCUUCCAAAUGCAAAAUUGUCACCAUCUUACAUAAGAACAAUCCACCCCAGAGAAAAUAUGUCUUCUAAAGUGUGGAGUUGGAACAAGUUGGUAGUUUCCCAUACCUUGGGGUUACAAUUUGAACCAUCAGUAACAAGCUCAAGUGGUUAGCCCACAAAUCAUUCAAGGGUAUAAUAAAAUGCAACUGUUGGAAUUGCCCCCAGAAUGUGAGAGAAAUAGCAUAUACAUCCUUGGUAUGGCCAAAACUAGAAUGCGCAAGUGCGGCUAGGAACCGGUUUUCAAAAAAAGAUAUAUCAGUGCACUGAAAAGGGUUCAACACAAAGCAGCACAAUAGUCGAUUCUGCUAACAGAAUUCUCAUAGGUAUGCAAGUGUUAUGGUCAUGAUUGAAGACUUGAAGUGGGAUACGCUGACAGUUUAGGUUAACACUUAUGUAUAAACUAAUUCAUGGUCCUAUUGAUAUAGAUAGCCGAAAAUAUUUAAUUCAACAAUCCGAGAGUCACAUGAGAGGAAGCCAUCAAUUUAAAUUUAACGUGCCCUAUGCAAAUAAGGAUAUUUUUAAAUUUUCGUAUUUUCCGAGAACUGUGCUGACUGGAACUGCCUCCCUAAGGCCAUUGUAUCAUCAAGUUCAUUAGUCAGAGUAUUUUAAAUCUAAUUUAUCAGUUUUUUUAUUUUUAAUAAGUAAGAGGUAUAUAGUUCUCUUUAUUUAAUUUUACAUCAUUAUUUUGCAUUAUUUUAUUUUUGGUGUGAUGUCUUUGUGAUUUUUACUGACCUAAUGGAUGUAGAUGUAGAUUUAUAUGUAGAUGUUAUUCUAUAAAAUAACAUAUAUAAUAUAUAUAUUUGUUAAUGAUGGUUAUUACCAGUAUAGUUUGCUAGUGGGGUAUCAAGUUAGUAUCUGUGUAAGUUAGCCUCACUAGGGUCUAAUUUAUUGUACAGUUAGCUAUCUUCAGAACUUAGGGGUGGUGUCUUAUGUUGUUUUUUGUAGGCCGUGUAAAAUUGUAUGGAAAUGAUCUGAAGAGAAACAAAAAUUACUUUGAGUUAGCGUGAUCGAAGUUCAAGUUAUUGAGUGUAAAAUUACAGUAAAUGUAUGAAGGAAAUCCAGGGGAAAACAACUUUGGUUCGAGUUAGUGCGAGGUUCGAGUUGAGGAGGGGUUCGAGUUAUUGUAGUCAACAGUAUUUGUCUCUGUGUGCUUGGAUUUAGCAAAUUUUCUCAACAGUUUUGUCCAAGACUGUAGUCCAAUGCAGGUUUAUCUACUGCAGUAUGUUGAUGGUGAUCGUGGUGUUCUCGGACAGAAUAAUGAUGUGAAAUUCAUUAUCAGUUUAAGGUGUUUCGAUAUAGUUUUUCAGAGGCCAUACCGGUAUUUUUCAAUCGCUUUAAAAGUGAUUUCAUCCUUGUCUGAUCGCUAUAAAAUUUUGACCACUGAUUGACUAUAGAUUGAAAUUUGUCAAAAUGUAGGUUUUAGGAAAAUCGAUAUUACUGUGACAACAAUAAACAAAAAACUUUGAAAUUGAUAAACGCCUAAUUUUGCGCGAUCUAGACCUGCUACUGAAAAUCCAGCACUAGGAACUUAAGUUUGGUGUUUAGCAAAUAACCUCCCGUAAGAAGUAAAAAAUUCUGUAUGUUUGAAUUCGAAUAAAACGAAAAUAUAUUUCAAACCUAAAUUUUCAAUAGCCGUGAUAGAUUAUUUAAAAACAAACGUUAUAAAUGACACAAAUUAUUCUUAAGUAGCGUCAGGAUGCUGCUUAAUAUCAUAUUUCGAUGCUAGGAAAUUUUGGUGUUUUUUCAUUCUUGCGAUCUAAAAAACUAACCCGUUUUUUCACCACCUGUAUAAGUGCAACUUCAUUCAAAAUUUGGACCUUUAGCCCUUUUUUGUAUAUCUCUGAAACGACUCAAACAAAUUUUUUAAAAAUCUCUUCACAUAAUCUUCAUAAUGUAUAUAAUAAUGUCUGAAACUAAUGUCAAAAAUCCGCUACAGCAUUCACUGUUUUGACAUUCUGCUAAUUUUUCCAAAUUAAUGCGGACAAUACAUAUAUCCACGACUAGUACAUUUCAGUGUGAGUAUUGCCAAUGUUUUACAUUCAAAAGAUGUGAUAAAUUCAAACUAAAAUGUACUAGUCGUGGAGGUAUGUAUAGUGUGCAUUAUUUUAGAAAAUUAGGAGAACGUCAAAACAGUGAAUGCUGUAAUGCAGAUUUUUCACCGGUUCAUAGGAUAGGUUUGUCUUGAAAUUUCAAGGUGUUGCAGUGAAUCAAUCUCAAUGAAAGUUUCAGACAUUAUUAUAUACAUUAUGAAGAUUAUGUGAAGAGAUUUUGCCAAUAAGUGGUCAAGGUCACCAGCAGGUAAAUCCAAAACUUCUUCAUUUCCCUUGUUUACUAAAGAUAAAUAACGCUGAAAUGUUUUCAUGUCACUGAAAGUUUUCCUGGUCGUGUUUUCACUUUUUUGCUUGUUUACGAAAUUCUCAAUUUCCUCUUGGCUGUUUUCAUAUACUUGUUUGUAACCAGAUAAAGCUGUGUCUUCACUGUUUUCCUUAUCCGAGUGUUCCUCCUCACUCAUUGUAUUUUGUCGAAAAUUAACUUAAGAAAUGAAACAAGUGUAGCCUUUGGAUGAACUUUGGUUUGUUUUUCUAAUUUGCAUAAUGCGUAAUGGCCCGUGGGCAUUACGGGAAAAUAAUGCCCUAGCAGCUAGCCAAUCAGAGCACACAUUUUAUCGGCUACAAGUACUAGCCAUAUAAAAAUACAGCUUAUCGAACUUGUAAUCUUAAUGUCACUUCUCAUCAUCCAUUAAGAUCAGCACAUGACUUCUUUAACAAUAGAGUUAUCAAAUACUGGAACCAGCUGCCACUACGCAUGCAAAAUUCAACAAGUUUAAGACUGGUCUUGACCUCUUUAAGUUAUCUAAACCUGAAUCGCCUAAUGCAUUGUGGAAAUUAUUGGAAGAAAUCUCUAAUAGAAUAAGCGAUAAAAGUGAACAUGUCAAUUAUUUACUAGCCAAUUAGUGAUGUUGCCAUGUGGCAAAAUAUCUUGUUUUAAUAAUUAAUUUUGUUCUCUGCUUUUAGUAUCUUUCUGACUUUAGUACUCUUAUAAUAAUACAUAAAAUUUUUUUAUUUUUAUCACUUUUUCAUAAUAAUUUGUAAAUAGAUUUUUGUAAAUAGAGAUAUCCUGAAGUGAUAUAAUAAAGUUAAUAUCUUAUCUUAUCUUACAUGCAUUGGAAUGAAAAAAUAAAAUAAUUGAAAUUAACUGACUCAAAAGAAAAAUAAGAGACUGCUUGCAGGGAGAGGCAAUCAUGACUUUGUUUCCUAAUAACCCUAAUUAUUCAUUUUCAUAUAAAUACUCAAAUUUGAUUUUCAACUUUACUCUUCAGACAACAUUUGAAAAUGGAAAUUUAAAGCUCACUACACACAGAAUAGUUUGGGAUGAUUUAGAUCAGCAGGUAAGUAUUAAAUUAAUCUAAGAUUUAUGUUAACAUUUUACCUCUUAACACUGUGGUCAAACCUUUGAACCUUAACAUGAUGUAAAUAUUUUUUCUUCUCUUAACUGGCUUUGCAUUCAACCAUUAUGAGGUUUAAACAUGGGCAAGGUUGGACAUACAGUGUAGAACAUAGCCAGUUAAUGUGAGGAUAGUUUAACCCAUUCGCCCCUGAACCGCCCGUAACCGCCCGUGCGGAUCCAGGUCCUUUCCACCCUUUGUGACGUCAUCAGUUUUAACGGUCAAGGACAACUUUCUUCGCUCACUUGUGCAGAGUGAAGAGAUCUUUCAAACCAUACCAGAAUGAGCAAAGUUCAGUCAAGGACACCGGAGAAAGAAGCAAAAAACCACGUCACAUGGACCUGAAAAUCUCCAUGAAAAUCGUGUUCCAUUGCAUGCCCACCUACCUUUCCGUUCACCUAAUCCUAAGAUCCUAAAAGCUUUCCUUAAAACUAUUCCCACCAAAAUGAAGCCUACUAAAUGCCCAGCAAGGGAAAAAAAAAUGAGGCAAGAAAAGCGAAAAAAGAAGGGAGGAGAGAAAGCGAAAAAUAAAAGUCAAGACUGCUGUGUCGAAAUUUUGCUUUCUGCGCAUGCCCGAACUUCGCAAGCUGAUAUUUUGCAUCUGGAUCAGAAGGCCGCAAAGUGUACGACCUGUAAACCGGAUUGUGGUGAGUUUUAGCUCUUUAUAGCACGACAGUGACCAGAAAACCACUCGACUAGCUUGAAAACGCGUUUUUCGGCAAAAUCUCCAGGAGUGAAUGGGUUAAACCAAUAGUGCUGACACUUCCACAGUUUAUGUUUUAACUUUUUUUUUUAUCUUUUUAGUAAAAAAAAAAUACUGUUAACAUAAUUUCACCUCACAGCUGUCUUUUUUUUUCAAAACUAGAAUUAAGAAAGAAGAAUGCUAGGAUCACGCUAUUAUUGUUCAAUAUGUUAUUAUUUGUUCGUUUAUAGGAUAGAGCCAUAUCAGUCCCACUGCCUCUUGUGAGUAAUGUAGAAGAACAAUCUGGUGGUUUUAUGAGCAGGUUUGUUUAAGAGAAUGUGUAUUUUAAGAAGUAACCAAUAAUUAAGCAAUUAUUAGAAAUAAACUGUGAAAGGUCAGUCAGUGUAAUAAAAUAAAGCCUCCUUUUCUACCCUUCUAGAGUCACACUCUUGUUAACAUGAAAACUUUUCGAUUUUUGAGACCAUUAUUAUGAUCAUUGCUGACCCUACCUGAAAUGUCUGUGUUUUGGAUUCUAGUCAAAGAGAUGGCGCUUCAUGAAACUAUAUUUAACAAUUAUUCCUCAGGCCAAGAUGGGCUCUGAGUUAGUAAAAUCCAACUACCGGUAGUUGGUCAAAAAUAUCAACUUUUGCUAGCAAGACGUGAUUCAGCUGCCAUUAUAAUGUCUUGGUUUUCAAAGCUGGCGCUUUUCAUUACUAGUGGGGUAUAACAUAUAGCCUAGUAGUAGCUCAACCAAUCAGAAUGCAGCAUUGAUAAUAGACCACUAAGUUGGAUUUUACUAAAAGUCAAAUACUAUUAUGCAACACCUUUAAUAGCUAGUAGUUUUGAAGGUAAAUGGGGGCAGCUGUACACAGGCUAGGAGAUUGCAAAUUAAAGUAAUCCUAUUCUUGUUUAAAAGUUAUUUUGGCCAGGAUAGCAAAUUAAUAACUCUUCAGAGAGGCCCUGCCAGGGUGGAAGGGGGGGGGACUAAAAAACUAAAGGACUAAGACUAAAGGUGGAUUUCCACUGUCACGUAAUUUUUCCCGUGCAUACGCACGUAAAUUUUAUGCGCAUAAAAAAAUAGAGGCUAUGUAUGAAAAGCCAUGCGUAUAAAUGUAAACGUUGAACCUCGCUCAACUCUUAUGUUUAUGUGAGGCCUUUCAUACACUGCCUCUGUUUUAUUUAUGGGCUUAAAAUUUACAUGCGUACGCACAGAAAAAUUACGCAUCAGUGGAAAUCAACCCUAACUGACCUGAUAAAUCAUGAAGGCACAGUGGUCUAUCUGUGAGAGCGGUUGGAAGGUCGGUGGUAAGGUUACCUGGUCCAUGGUCUCUCCUUCGUCAUCACCUCUGUGUUGCUGACAUUAAGGUGGCUCAACCCAGUAUUUUUAUAGGCGCACCCUCUAUCUUUGAAUAUCUUAUACUUAAGCAAAUUGAUCUGUAUUGUAAAAUGAUCAUGACUCAUGGAUUACACUUUUUUGGGGCGAUUGAAGAAUUUACCGCGCUUUGUUGCCCUCUGAAAUCUCUCUGAAAUAUGAUAAUGCUGUAGAAUGGGAGAAAACGAUAGCGAAUAGAUUUCAGAGGACAACCAAGGGCCGUAAAUUCUUGCAUGCUGCACAGGGAAUUUGAUGUUGUGCUAAACUCGAGACAAUAGGAAGUCCCAGAGCAAAAAUUUGGCCAAAUAUAUGACAUUGCUUCAAUAUUUACUCCCUUUUGCGCCCAUGUUAGACAACUUUAGAAGUUUUCAAUUGACACGAAAUUCUAUCUUCAAAUUUUGUUUUUAUCGCUGUUUUCGUGAAAUUAGCCUUAAAAAUUACAAAAAAAGCUCAACAUUGUGUUUUACCUAGAUUCACAUGUUUUCAUGAGUUUCAAAAUCGCAUAAGAGUACUUGCGUUCAGCGGCUGCUAGAGUGUAUAAGGGUCAUUUGAAAAACGAAUAAGUGAUAAAACCUUUUCGGAAACAUCCAAAAAGUAGCAAAUAUGUCUGCAUUAAGUCCCUUUUUCAGUGCAUGCAUAAUUUCUAGCCUUUUUAUGGAAAUUCCAAGGUAUUUCGAAAUUCCUGUCAUAGAUUUUUGUGAAACUUCGUGCAGUAGAAUUUAGAGCUAAAACCAUUUUGACUUUAUUGCCACAUGACAUUUAUUCCGAUUGCCUAGAAAAUAAUACCAUGAUAAAGUUUAGUCUAUGUGUAGUCCAUAUGUCAUAAUCGUUUCACAAUACAGAUCGAUUUGUUUAAGUAUCAGAGAUUCAAAGAUGGAGGGUGUGCGUAUAAAAAUACUGGGUUGAGCAACGUUAAUCAAGAAACUUAAAUCUGUAUUACAUUGUCUCUCUUCACCCAUAGUGGGUACGACGAUCAUAAUGCUGGCAAGGGAUUGAAAGCCUUGUGAUGUUCUAACAUCCCAUUCAUGGAUAUGUAGUAUCUUCGAACUAGUCGCUUCACACUACAAUUAGGGAGGAAAGCACCAGUCAGAUGAGCCACUUUGCUCAUAACAUUUGCCUCUCCACCUUACAAAUCAAGACAUAGUGGUCUUCUCAUGGUUCUACCUGACAACCUGAGCAAAGCAAAUAAAAGCUUACAAGAGUUGUAGACAGUGCACCAAAUUAAGCUGUGACGGACAACCUCGUUCCCAUGUCUCCCAGCAGUUCUGCGGGGUUGUGCAAAUGAAGUGUAACAUCAUGCACUCUCAAGAGGGUCCACUGAAGAUCACUGAGAGGAGACAUUCUCUGAAGUGCAAGGAGAAUUGACGAAAAUUACUUCUUCUUGGCAUUCAGCCUGGUGAUAAAUAAGCCAAAGCACUGUUCUUUGUCGCUUAUUCUCGGCUUUGCUGUCACUGUCACAAUUUGGCCGAGGGAGGUUGUCUCUUGUCGCAAUUUCAUUUUACGCUCUGUCGCUACUUUUUGGGUCAUGUCGCUUGUCAGAAUUAACCCUGGCAGGGCCUCUUCAGAGUUUGGAUUGAGCAUCAGGGCAGUAACUGGCCACAUGCAUGACAACUGUUGUCAUGUACGUGGCCUGAUUUUGUAACUGAUGUGAAGUUCAGGAAGUUUUCAGGAUUGAUUAGUAUACUUGUCUGAUGAUCAUGUUCACUGAUGUGGGAGUGCAAGUAUCAGAAAUUAAAAUUGUUUAUUAUAAUGGCGUGUGUAGUGACUACAUGUAAAGGAAGUUCAAGGAUUGAGCACCACAUCAAGUGACUUACUUGUUUACUCGAAUAAGUGCUGCAGUACUUGUUCAAAUUUUCAAGCCUCAAGUGUGGCACUUGUGGGAGAGGGACACCAGAAUUAUUGUAUUUAACAGUUAAUGAAUGAGGCUGAGUAUCUUAUGAAGAAUUAUGGAGAUCGAGGAGGGUGUUAUCCGUCGAGGCCGUAGGCCAAGGUGGAUAAUACCAUCUGAGAUCUCCAUAAUUCUUCGUAUGAAACGAAAGCUGAAUUCAAUAACUGUUUUAUUAUUCAUUCAAAAUAAUUCCUAGUUUAAAAACAUAGCUAAAACAUGCUUACCUCCAUUGAUCCAUCGAUGUUCAAUUCAUCUUCGAUAGUGUAUGUUUAGGUUCGUACAGAUCCACAGAUAUUCUCCAAAUAGCAGAUGUCGCCCUUCGAGUUGUCUUCUUGCUGUUCUUGCCAUGUUUUUAGCUAUUUUUCGCCUAGUUCUUACUCUUGAAACGAGUGAAAUGUCCGCCAUUUUUUCAAGUUCACAACCAAAACAACUCAACCUCGUCCCCAGGUCUUCUUGGUUAACGGUGCCUUAACCUGCAAAAACACUGCAUUUUUGACAUCAUUUCCUCGUUAAAGUCAGUAACUGGUUAUGGUGAAUUAAACGUGUGCUUUUAGCCAAUCAGAAUCGGGAAAUAUUUGAAUGAAUAAUAAUGAUUAUUGUAUUAACUACAGUAUCAUUGUUUUCCAUAAUAAACUAACGUCUAAGAGAAUUUAAGUCUUUUGAUUUGGAUUACAUUAAGGCCGUGAUGCUUAUUUGGGAGGGGGGGGGGUGCACUUAUUCAAGGGAGGCCCUUAAUUGGGUGUGGCACUUAAUCAAAUAAGUAUGGUAAUUGACACUCUUUUAUAGUCAGGCUCUCAACAAGAGAGAGCUGAUUUCUUUUUAAAAAACCUGCUGUUCAGGAGAGUAAUAAGUAGCUAUUAUACAAGUUAUUUAUGUACAACUAUUGCAGGACUUCAUUUUUUGUAUAAGUAUUUCUCCUUGCUUUAAUAUUGCUGGUAUUUUGUUAUAGUGCAAAGGUGAUUGUAAGCUUUCACCCACCACCAAAAGACAAAGACCCUGGACCAUGCGUCUCAAGCCCAUAUGCCUGUGUCAAGUUCUCUUUUAAACAAGGUGGUCAUUCUCAGGUAUGAAAGUUCGAAGUGUAAAAAUAAUUAUUGAAUGGUCUUGUAUGAAUGAAGUUUCUGGUCAAAAUUUUCUGCUGCUUGAAAAUUCAUGUGGUGCCUUGUGAACUUAGCCUACAUGUAAAUCGUAUUGACUUAUAGUAUGCUUUUCUCCCACUACAUGUACAUACAUGUAUAACAUAAAUCAUGUUCAUGAACUAUAAGUUUUAACACUUAAGCCAAACCUGAGCUGUUUUUCAGGUUACCUUUUUUAAAAUGUUGGGUAACGAGUUAAAACUAUUUACCUUUUGUAUUAAGUUGUUUAUACUACUACAUGAGAAAUUUCUGCAAUCUGAUUGGCUUAGAGCAGUGGUAUUUCAGCUUAAUUUGAAAUACCUGCAUGUGAAAAUUACAAACCUUUUGCGGGUAGUAGUAUAAACAAAUAAUAGCAUGAUUUGUACGUGAUAUUUGGCAUAAAUACCACUCGUGAUAUUUCAAAAUUGUCUCAAAUUUCACUCGCCUAACGGCUCGUGAAAUUACGUAUAACAAUUUCGAAAUAUCACUCGUGGUAUUUAUGCCAAAUAUCACUACAGAUCAUGCUAUUACCUAUACUAAUGCCAUGGUGGGGGAAAUUAUUGAUUGUCAUAUGCCAGUCAUGUCGUUUUAAAUAAAAAUUAUUAUAGUUAUACUACUACACGAGAAAUUUCUGGAAUUUGAUUGCCUUAUAGCUGUGGUAUUUCAGCUUAAUUUGAAAUACCUACAUGUGAAAAUUACAAACCUUUUGCGGGUAGUAGUAUAAACAAAUAUUAGCAUGAUUUGUACGUGAUAUUUCAAAAUUUGUCUCAAAUUUCGUAUGACAAUUUCGAAAUAUCACUUGUGGUAUUAAUGCCAAAUAUCACUACAAAUCAUGCUAUUACCUAUACAAAAUCAUGAUUGCUAGAUGAAACAAAUAUAUAAUGCUCUUCCAGGGCAAAAUCUACCUAUUUACAUUCAGCGCUGUUUUUUUUAUCUUCCUCUUCGUAGACAUUAAUACUGAUUUAUGAAAUAGAAUUAUUUCAUAAUUCUAACCAGCUUUGUUUUGCUGUUGACAGUUUUUUGCAAAGUUGCAAGAGCAGUUUAAAAAGAAAUCAUGGCUGCAGCAAACCACAAAUUCUUCCUCCACAGGAGCUACAGCAAAAAUGCUGGUAAGUAAAUAUAUACUAUUAAAUUGAAUGCAUUUAAUAACUCCUUUUAUUCUGUUUCCCUCAUUUAAUGUUUUAUUAAUUUUUUUCUUCUUUUUCUUAGAAUCGGCCAAGGGGAGUUGGUGGAAUAGUUGGAAUUGAGAGGAAACUGGAGCAGAAGUCUAAAGAGACUGAUGACUAUAUUCAAAAGGUAUAGUACACAGUAUUAUUUAGGAACUCAAAAAAUGACUUUUUUAAUGCCCUUUUCUAACAGUUCUUCAUUUUUUUUCAUCUCAGGCAUUUAAAGAUUUAGAUGCUCUUAUGGAAAAGGUAUUUGAUUCCAAGCAGGGUAUUUUAAAGCAACAUUUCACAACAUUUUAGAUUCACUGCCACAAAUUAAUGCAAUAUUUUGUCCAGAGUCUUUAAAAAACAUACAUAAAUGCAGGCUAUAUGAAUCACAUAAAUUUAAAUUAAUCUUUGUACUUUAUUUCCUCAUCCUCACAAUAUGCGUUAAACCACCAGCAAUACAAAGCCAAGGGUAACCUAGGUAAUGGGUUACGUAUGCAAGCGAAGGGAAUUACAUCGUGAUAAAACUAUGCAGGAUAUGGCAUAGUGGUAGGAAGUUCGAAGUCGUUUUGGGGAGAGAAGGUGGUUGACCUUGGUCAUGGUGCUUAAAAAACCAUCCAUACUGGAUGCCGGAACAUUCCCUUUAGGAAAAAGGGAAGAGUCAGUUGGAGCAGGUGUUGGUUGGAUGGCUUCUUAGAGUGGCAAUUACUUCAGGUAUCUUGCGUGGGAUCACUCAAGGUGGGUGUUGAGUGGCAGAAGAAACAGCAGGUUCCUCUUGGAUACUCUUGUGAGCAUCGGGACCCGUGGCGACAUGUCAGUUUAUGUCUGUGGUCUGGAACAUGAUAAAACUAAGAAAGCUUACUUCAAUAGGACUUAAAAUGUACCUGCGAAAUGGUAAACUUCCGUACACUAAUUGCACCACGAGCUAUCAACAGAAAUAACAAGACAUUGAUGUUGGGCAUUAGAGCGGUUUUCACUUGACUGUCGUAAAACCAAAACCAAAGUAAAUACACUAGCCAACCAAAGGGCGUAGUAAAACCAAAACCAAAACCAAAACCAAUCCCUUUCGACAGUCAAGUGAAAACCGCUCUAUCCAUGAGUUGGUGCACUGAUUAUGCAACCACAUUUCCCAAGCAGAUAUUAAAGCCUUUGUUACAGAUGUUGGUAUUGAGGUUAGUGAUAGUGAGAUUGGGCCUCCUUCUGGACAAGUUAUUAAUAUUAAAAGAUCUCAUCACCAAGUUCGGCAGUUUGCUUCAGCAACAAGGUUUUUGUUUGGGUUUUGAUACAACUGACAUCUACAACAAUAGCAUACUGAUGAAGGGUUCCAUUGAUGGACAAUGAAGUAAAGUUUGUAGGGGCAUAAUAAUGGCAGGGGGACCUGCCAGAGGACACAGCUCAAGGCAGAGUGGGAGGAAAAUAUACAAAUAGACUCACAGCACUCUUCAUCCUUUAGACAGGUGGUAGUGUAGGACGUGGAAGUCUUGCAAAUGAAUCAGUGGAUGAUCUCUUGAUUGGAGCAAUAGUAGGGAAUGUUAAUUUUGGACUUUUCAGAAAGUACGUCAUAAGCCAUACAGCCAGAUCCUCUGUGUCUGAUACAAAUGAAGGUAUUUAACGUUCAUCAAGGGCUGGAGCACUGCAAUAAGUCAUAUGCCAAGAUAGUAGGGCCAGCUUGGUGGAGCAACAAGACCUGUUAACAACGUAACAUUGAAAAUAGUGAAUUCUCACAAUGGCUUAAAGAGAAUUGACUACCGUAAACUUUUUCAAAGGCCUAGAUAAACAACUUACUGUCAGCCACAGCAUAAGGUUAAGUAAGUGGCAAAGUGCUUAACAGUGGCUGAAGUUGAUAGUAACUAAUUCACAUUCGCAUAAAAGCCACCUUAUGCCUUUUGAUGGAUAAGUUAUGGGUGAAAAAUUUUGCAUAAGGCAUAGGGUGGGCUGAGAGAGAAAAUUUGCCAGCGCCACUGAAGGGGAGGGUGGGGAAACUUGCUUGCCCAUUGUAGAGCUUAGACUUGCGAGAAGACGGCGAAUUUGUUUGCUAGGGCGUAUAAAAGGCCUAGGGAAUUUCCCUGGGGACCGUAAAGGACCAAUAGACUGCUUCCCGAGGGAGCACUUAGUAAUCUAGUUGAUUAAAUCAUCACGCGGCGGCUUUUAUACGAAUGAGAGUAGUUUCUCUAUUUCACAUGGCAACUAGGAGGGAUGGUGGAAAGUGUAACUUUUGCUGGCAGAGAAUAAAAAAGUGGCACCAAGGCCACUCUUCUUGGGGUACGGACCCGUCAUUCACGGGUUUGGGGAAGGUGAUGAACGCUAAGAGGUUAUCAGACCAUGUGACUGUAUCCUGAGAUUGACAACCAGCAGUAAGCAGUCUUUGGGGUUCACCGAACAGCAGAAUGGCCAUGAGAUGUGGUGUAGCACAGAUGGAAUCUUUGGACCAUUCCAGCAGUAGAAAGCAGUGGAGACAGGGCAAACAAUGGACAAGGCACCAACCUAGAGCAGAACAAACUUUCUGCCAGUUUGCAAAGACCUCUUGAGGAGAGUUACCACCACAAUUUAAGUGCUCAGCUAUCUGGAUUAUCUUUAAAGGAGAUUACUCAAGAUGCAGUGCAGUCUUUGACGGCGUGACAGGUGUGAAGGGUUUGUGAACAUCCAUAUGGCAUAAUGUGAGUCCCAACGAUAAAGAACUUGUGUUUAUGAGGGUGGACAAGAUUGUAAUUGGAAGCCAUGAAUGGGAGUCCAGUGAAUAUGUCUACAUCAAGAUCUUGGACAAUGAGAGCGUUAAUUGUGAGGGGUCCUUGAUGGCAGAUCAGAGGGAUAAUGGGGUCUUGGCAACUAUGGACAUGGGCUUGCAUAGCAAUCUGGCAGCAGCAACUACUGGAGUGUACAUUGCGCUCCUUGGGGGAUCACAACUUCUAGAAACUACUGUGGAAAGUUGCUCAAACAAGCUUUCUUUAAAACUAAUGAGUUUUAAGUACCUUUACUCUGCUUACUUCUCAGUUAGAACUAGCCACACUCAACGCCAAAAGUGGUGAGCCUUCAUAGUAUGCCCAUCAUAUCUUUACUACAACUGAAGAAAUCAUCACCAGCUCUAAAUUCUUUGGUUGAUUCUUUGCAACAAUAAUUAUUAUUGUCUUCCACCUUCCUUUUUUCAAGGCAAAAGAAAUGGUUGCUAUGGCAGACAAAGUGGCUUCUAAACUUGAAGAGAAGAAAGGAUCAUUCACAGAAGAUGAGGUAAUGAAGCAUCUUUCUUUCUCUCUUUUUCAUUGAUGUUAUCCAUUUUUAACUAAUGGUUAUUUUGGUUGUUAUAACAUGGUGGAACGCAGGGUGGGGGUGGCUGAGGGAGCUUUGUAUUGUAUUCUUUAAGACUUUAAGUCUCUAGCACCCCCUGGUGCUUGGAAUAUGUUUCACCAUCCCAAGAAGAGCAAUAUGUUUAAGGUGGUUCCCUGUCGAACUUCAUGGUAACAGUAAAAUGCAUUGCAUAUUUCAGACAGUGAUGUUCAAGUCUUACCUGCUAAGCAUGGGCAUAGCUAAUCCUGUGACAAGGUAUAAUUAUGUUCAAGUUUAAGUUGUUAAAUGAAUUAGGAUGUUGCUCAAUGUACAUCUAAAUAGUAGUGAUGGGAAAAAUCCCCCUCCCCCACCCCAAUGAAAAUUUUGUACAUACCCAGUUUUAUCCUAAUUAUUUUUGAUAUAAUGAUUAUUUAUUUAUUUAAUAAUAUUAAUAAUUUUUAUUGGUCUCAUCCCAGUUGUUCAAAAGAUGGAUAGUGUAUGUUACUGUAUAUCCACCAGCGUUAGGGGAACCUUGCCUAGUCCCUGUACCGCGUUUUCCCAGUCCCUGUCGGUCAAUUCGUUUCGGUGACGUAUCCGAGGCGAACGGGCGGGGAGCACAUUUUUGCAUGGACCACGUGACCCGAAACGCUUUGGUCGCGAGGAAAAAUGAGGCCUAGGGACUAGGCAAAGGGGAACCAUUGCGUUAUCCACUAUAUAAAACUAUUCCAUCUUUUGAACAACUAGGGCCCUUUAUACAUAGAAAUACAUUAUACUCACACCUCAUCAGAACCGGGAAAAUCUAGAUGUUAAAGUUUUUGUUGUAAUAUAGGUGUCUCGAUAUUUUUGACCGACUAGUUGGAUUUUACUAAAACAAUUAUUCCUCCAUCCCUAAUGGCCUCUGAGUCAAUAGCCCAUGAGGCCUUUCUAUUGACUCAGAGCUCAUUCAGGCUCGAGGAAUAACUGUUAAAUACUUAUGUUUUAGUGAAUAUAAAUCAUAAAUGCCGGUAUCGUUUUGAUCGUUGUUUUAAAUAAACUGAAAUAAAAAAUUGCUUUCAUGAACACUACCUCAACACAUUGUUGUUUUGUUUUAUUGGUGUUUUUUUUGUAUGUCAGGGAGACACAUGGCUCGAGUGCCAGCUAUCACAAAGAACUGGCCAAAGAGCUUGGUACGUUCUUAGAGAAGAUCAUCAAGGUACGUAUUCAGUAGUUAUAUCAGGGCUCGAAAAAUUCCGGUUUGGUCUGGUCUGGUCUGGCCAUUCCGGAACGAGUAGGAUUUGUUAGAAGCUUACUUGCCUGAUGGGAAAUCCGGGGUCCAGGCAAGUUAGCUAAGACAAGCAAUAGUUGCCGCCCACCCCCCUCCCCGGGUAAGCAAAAUGUGACAGCUGCUUGCCUGAAGGACGUGCUGGAAUUCAUUUUUUUCGUGCCCCGAGUUAUAUUGCACACCUGAUCCUGUAUCAGCUGUACGUGUAUAGUAAAGAGGGGGUGAUUUGGGCAUUUUGUUUAGCAGAUUAAGGGUUUGUGAAUCACUACUUCGGUCUACUUAGGGAGUUGAACGUACUCCUAAUGUUUAGUGUUUUAAAAACGUUUCUCAUGGAGGUGAAAAAACCACCACAUCUGAAUGGGUCCUUUACUAUGGUUAUAAGAAUAAGGCUUUUGAUAAGAGUGUUCUUAUAAGGACUUUCAACUUUGACUGGAAUUCAGAGUUAACACUCGAUGCAAGUCGUUAAAAGUAAAUCUAAGCCGCGUACUGAAAUGUUGUAGCUUGUUGUGAAGGGCCAAACUGAGCUCUUGCGAUGCAGCUGUCGAAAGUUCAAGCUAAAGAUGUGAACAACGCAUAAAUUGCUCACUAAAGUAUUCAAUUUUUUCAGUUGAUGAGAAAAUGUUCUUUUGUGAUGACUGUACGUAUGACAUAGCAUAGAAAUAUAGGAGAGCUAAGUUGUUUGGAAACAAAUACCCUUUAUUUACCAGAUAAAGGAAAGGAUUCUGCUAUUUCAUAUUUGUCAUCACAUAUUGAACUUAAUAUUGGAAGAAUUUAAAAAUCUAGCAGAAUCUAAUUACUUGUGUAUGUUGGCAUUUUAAGGAGGAAGGGGGUAUGAUGACUUUGAGUGAUGUAUACUGCAGAUUCAACAGAGCAAGAGGAAUGGAGGUUUGUGAUAAAUCUGAGAAAAUGCUUUGAAGCCUGCGUUGGAACGCAAUGAAGGACUCGCUGCAUAACAGGCGACGAGGAGGUUUCCUUUCUUCCAUAUCCUGUCGUGGCUGAUAGCCAUGAAUGAAGUUCACUGCACUUGACUGCACUGCGGCAAAACAUGACAAAACCGCCAGCUUCAGUAUGCAGGCUAAGCCAGCUGUGAGGAGCCAUCCCGUUAGCUUUUCUAAUACGUUUGAUCGCCAUCCCAGUGAGGCCUAGAGUUAAACCAGGAUCGUGCUCUUGUCGUAGAUUUUUGGCUUCGUCAGUGAGAUUUAGACCUGUACUUCCCUCUGCUAAAAUGGUGAAGUCAAAAAAGAAGGAAUCGAAUUUUAGAUAAUGAAAAAAAAAAAAACAAAAAAAACCUCCGCCGGGAGAGUAAGCAAGCGAGGGUUGGUUUGUCUAAUUCGUGGUGUUUUUUUAUUGCAGUUGGUUUCUCCUGAUGAUUUAGUGAAUGCAGCCAAACUGUUUUCAUCAGUGAAGAUACCAUUAAGGUAAGCCACUGUCCUCCUACGUGACCAUUAAUGGCAUCGACGUCGUCAGGUUUCUCUGCCUUACUUCCUGUGUUGUUGUCUAGUACUUUAUGUGUUUUCUCUGCCUUCUAGAUUCAGAGCUUUCGAAAGUGGUGUGUUAGUCAUUCAAGCGUUGUCUCAUAGUGAUGAAGAAGUUAUACGAACCACUAAACAAAUUGUAAGUAAAUGUUCUCACGUUUUCAUCAUUCCCACACUCCUGAUAGCCAAUCCUGAGCUUUCGUGUGGCGUUUCAUGUAAUUAAGCUAUUGCUAUGUUAUCGAUGAUAAUUUUAUUAACAGAUGUUCAGGAUUUGCAAAGGACGUCGUCUAUUUAAGACCCUUACCUAAAUGAAAGUCUACAGAGUUUCAUGUAAUUGCAAAAUGUUUGUAACAAGUACCAAUUCCAGUUGCCGUUUUUCUCUUAGCUCGAUGAAAAACAUUCACUUACCGCAGAAGAACUGGCCCAUUUGAUCAAUAUAUCGGUCAUGUUAGCAAAAGAAAGGUGAGCACUCGUUUUACUGAAAUAUCAAAAUUUUAAAUUAAUUAUUAACAGUAGUAGCUACUAUUGCUAACUGCCAACCAAGGAAAAAGAAUCCGAUUUAAAUGUGAAGUCUUUGCAUCUGUACGGUGUAGGUCGCACGUGUCAAGAAAUUCGUCUACUAAUACGCGAGUUGUCACAAAGGUGGCACGCUUCACUUUAUGAGCUCACUAGCUUCUGAUUUUGAACGCGCUGGUUCAAAUAUAAACCGUCUAAACUGUGGCACGCUAGCCAGUUUAACUACGAGUUUUUUUCCCGUACGCUAGCCAGUUUAACUACGAGUUUUUUCAGCUUUGUUACUGAAACAAACAUCGUUUAUUGUUUAUUGUUUUGUUUGCCAAAAGUUAUACAAAGCAAAAAAAAAAGAUGAUGAGAGAUGAUGUUGAAAGAUAGCCUUAAUGCACAUAACAUUGGAAGUGACUCAGUGUAAANGUUUAACUACGAGUUUUUUUCCCGUACGCUAGCCAGUUUAACUACGAGUUUUUUCAGCUUUGUUACUGAAACAAACAUCGUUUAUUGUUUAUUGUUUUGUUUGCCAAAAGUUAUACAAAGCAAAAAAAAAAAGAUGAUGAGAGAUGAUGUUGAAAGAUAGCCUUAAUGCACAUAACAUUGGAAGUGACUCAGUGUAAACUAUUUUGUCUACGUAUCAACAGGAACAAACUACUCGUAAGGUGAUACUCGUAUCGCAUCCAAUAGAGGUAGUUAAUGGUGGAGACGGCUCCUUUUUUUGGAUUGAGUCUGUGCAUGGACUAAUUUGAAAAUUCUCUUAAGAGCAAGGAGAGGUCCAUCCUCAGAGACCCAGAGUCAGUUGUCUGGGACGAAGUAUGAACGGACCGGCGAAAUAAUUAUUUGCCCCUGGGUCUCUUUAGGAUACAAGAGGGACUGCUCAGGGACUUGUACAAAUGGAGAGUACAUGUAGAAAAAGCAGUUGCCUCUAGACUGUUCACAGUCCUCUAUUUUUCCGUAAGAUCAUCGAGAUCGAGCGCUUUGCGUCACGGGCUGCCAUCUUGCACGAGGGUCAAAACUACUUAGCCAAGAGCUAUAAUCCCCGACGCCCGCACCCUCGGUACAUUUGAAAAUCAAGAUAGCCGUGACGGUAAGAACGAUCACACGAAAAAAUAGGGGAGUGUGAACAGUCUACGUUGCCUCUCAUUGAUUAAUGCAAUGUAUGUGCAGAAGAAGAAUCGGUAAAAGCAAUAAAAAUAGGCAUUAUCUAAGGUCUACCAGGAAGCAAGCGACAGGCCAGCUGAGUUUAAAAUUCAGUAUUAAGGUUCAUACUUGGUUCCGAGACGUAGAAUAAAACAAAAGAAAUGGAACUGAGAUUCGAGGGUGACUGAAUAGUUCAUUACUUUUGCUUUACUCCCCCCAUCCCCGGAGCCAGAUAUGCCUUCAAUAUUUUCUGCAAAUCGGUUACUGGGUCGACGUGUUCAGUUUAAGAAUGCUUCUAGUAGAAUGUCAACUUUUUCACAGAAAAGGACAGUCUUUUUCAAGGUAUUGUUUCUCUAUUAACAGUCUCUAUCUCGUGGCAGGCUUUUAGUUACGGAACAAGCUGGCAAGGCAUGUCGGGAUGACAGCGUGGAGGGACUACGUUUUUACCCAAACCUGUUUCUCGACAGAAGAGAUUGAUAAAACACUCAAGAAAGAUGGAAAUGAGAACAUUAUAGUAAUGAGAUGGGCGCGCAUCCUUUCAAUGUGCGACAACUGGAAAAAUUACGCCAUGAGCACAUCAUGGAAAAACCAAAUAGCUUUUAAAAUACGCCUGCGCUUGAGGGAGGCGAGACGUUUUGUAAUUCACUUUUCUUGGUGAAUAAAGGAUAAACCUUCUCAGUAUCUUUUCGUGUCUCUCUCGUGUUCAGUGCGGGGCAGUCCAAGUCAUUC